UCUCCCCUGCCGCCUUGCCGUUACUGCCAAGUGAUCAUAUUUCUCUUCAACCAGCACCCUGUUUAAUCCUAUCCCCUCCAAAGUGUCCUUUCGUCCUCAGCAGCCAGCAUAUUUCUCCCCCAGCCAACAUGUGUCUCCCCUGCCCAACGUGUCGCUUAUCCCCAGUCAACCGGCAGAUUCCCACCAAAUCCAACGUGUCAUUUCUCCCACGCCAAUGUUUUUCCCCCAAUCAACGUGCAGAAUCACCCAAAAAAAAAAAAAAAUCACCGUUUCUCCCCCAUCCAUGACCCCCCCCCCCCUCCCCAAUCAACGUGCGGUUUCGACCCCACAAAUCAUCUCGCUGUUUCUCCCCCAGGUCCGCCUCCACUACCACAAGCUGGGCAAACACCAGGGGAGUUUGUUCAUCCGGGUACACGAGGACGACCCCCGGGGUAUGCAGGACCUCGUGUACAACCUCGACCAGAUCCACGGCGACAAGGGCGACCUCUGGCACCGAGCUUCCUACCCUCUGCCCGCAGGAGUCCACAAUAUGUACAAGAUCGUGGUGAGCAACGUGAGGGGUUCCAGGUUUUAUGGUGAUCUCGCCUUCGAUGAUUUCAGCCUUUCGCAGGAGUGUUUCGGGAAAGGCGUUCCUCCUGAAGCAAUGAUUUGUCCUACGCCGCCAGCCACAGACGAAGCCCCAAGUAAGUUUCUCCUUGUAUAUUUAGGAAACUCAAAUUACCAUUAAGUUUUAUUUGUUAAUUAUUUGAUUGUUGUUAUUUUUGUCGUUUAGAAUCGAUUUGAAUUAUUCAUUCGUGUUUGUGUA